AUGAAUUUUAUACAAAGAUACAAGUUGAAAUCGUCGAACAAAAAGUCGAAGAUGAGCCUGUACUCGGAGGUACCGUGGGGCGUUCGAUUUUUACAAAAACUCACUGACAAAUGUUGUCCGAGGCUGCAUUUCAAUAGGGAAAAAUGUUAUCGAACAAGUGUGGUCAUCCUAACUUACAUCUCGUACAUGUGUUACCACUUAUCGAGGAAGCCCAUUUCGGUUGUGAAAGCGGUGCUACAUAGAAACUGCAGCGAUCUCCAGCCACCUCACCCGAACGAGCCCAACGAUUGGUGCGAUUGGGCCCCUUUUGGUGGCACUGAUUCGAGUGCUUCGCAAAUGCUGGGCGAAUUGGACAGUUCGUUCCUCUUCUGCUAUGCGAUCGCCAUGUUUUUUUCCGGCUUCAUAGCCGAACGGGUGAAUUUGCGGUACUUUCUCAGCCUGGGCAUGCUCCUAUCCGGCAUAUUCAGCUACUUAUUCGGAAUAGCCAAGACGUACGACAUUCACAACAUGAGCUACUAUGUAGCUGUUCAAGCUUUAGCUGGGAUAUUUCAAACGACUGGCUGGCCCGGAGUGGUAACGAUAAUGAGCAACUGGUUCGGAAAGAGCAAAAGAGGUCUGAUAUUCGGUCUAUGGAAUUCUCACACAAGUAUAGGAAAUAUUUUAGGAUCUCUAAUCGCCGCUGAAUACGUGGAGACCGAUUGGGCGUUGUCGUUCAUAAUGCCCGGACUGUACAUAGGACUCGCCGGUUUCGUGAUAUUUUUAUUUUUAGUCGUCAAUCCAUCGGACGUCGGCUGUACGGCGCCUAAUAAAAUCCCCGAUACUCGACCAAAAAGAGUCAGGCAACUUGAAUCGCAAGUGGCCAAUGAUGAUGAUUCGUCCGGUAUAGAUUCAGAAGUUGAUGAUACGGAUAUACUUAUAGGAGAGCAAGCUAUUUUAAAUCGAUCGCGACAUUUGGCCAAUGAAGUUUUAGAAGUUCAACGAAGAGUUACGGAAAGAACGAACCUGCUGCCUCGCUCGUCGCGCGCCAGAGAAGAACGAGCCAUCGGUUUCCUGAGCGCCCUGCGUAUACCGGGCGUCGUGGAAUUCUCGCUGGCUUUGUUUUUCUCGAAAUUGGUCAGCUACACGUUCCUCUAUUGGUUGCCGCUCUACGUAAAUCACGCCAACGGUAUGAGUGCGACUUUGAGCGCCGAUUUAUCCACGUUAUUCGACGUGGGCGGGAUAGCGGGAGCUAUUAUAGCGGGUUAUGUGAGCGAUAAAUCCGAAAUGCCGGCUACAACGUGCUCUGUUAUGUUGAUAUUGGCUGCUCCUAUGAUGUGGGUUUAUCAACAAGUCAGUCCUGCAGGUCCUGUGGGUUUAGGAAUCAACAUGUUACUUCUAGUGAUAGUGGGAUUAUUAGUCAAUGGGCCGUAUGCUCUAAUAACAACAGCCGUUUCCGCAGAAUUAGGUACUCAUCGCAGUUUAGAAGGGAAUUCGAAGGCGUUGGCUACAGUUACCGCCAUUAUAGAUGGAACUGGCUCAAUCGGUGCUGCCGUGGGGCCUUUGAUGGCCGGUUUUGUGACCACUUACGGUUGGCAGAACGUGUUUGUGAUGUUGAUGAUCUCCGAUAUUUUGGCGUUGUUUCUGUUGGUGAGGCUGGUGAAAUUGGAGUUUGUCAAGUUGAGGAACGCGCGUAGGGCGGGUAUUCGUAUAGAGUAA